AUGCUUGUUUCCUAUUUUUACUGCGUCGUCCCUUUCUCUACCCUCAUCCGUUCUCUAACCUCAUCAUUUCUCUACCCUCUUUCCCCCUGCGCGCUCAUCCCCCCUGCGCGCUCAUCCCCCCACUCCUCCCCCUUUCUUCCCCAGAGGGCGAACGAGGCGAUGCAGGGCGAGCGGGGCGUUUGGUUCGAAUGCGCGCAGGGAGGGGGAGAGGGCCAGCAAGCAAGUUCUGAGACGUCUCAAAGGCGAUGCAGGGGAGAGGGCGAGCAAGCAGCACGACAUAGCAGCCAGUUGGAGGUCCAAGGAGUGAGUUGUAUCUCGUCCCCCUUUCCCCUCUCCUUCCGCCUUCCCUCCUUUCCCCCUUUGCCCGUCCCCCUUUGCCCUUCCUCCUUUGCUGUCCCCCUUUCUCUUUUCCCCCCUUUCCCCUUCCUCUUUUGUCCGUCCUCCUUUGCCCAUCCCCCUUUGUCCGUCCCCCUUUGCCCAUCCCCCUUUGCCCGUCCCCCUUUGCCCAUCCCCCUUUGCCCAUCCCCCUUUGCCCCCCGUCCCUUAUUCCCUUCCUCUUUGCCCGUCCCCCUUUGCCCAUCCCCCUUUGCCCGUCCCUUUUUGCCCUUCCCCUUUCACCCUUUCUCCUUUGCCCGUCCCCCUUUUGCUCCUCAAGCCCUCACCAUCGGAGGGUCUGGCCCCUCGUGCCUCUUUGCCUUCUGUGAUGUGGCCUUCAAGGAGGGGAGUGUUUUUUGUUGA